AUGGGUCGCGGAUCUUUCGUCUCGCUGCGCUUUCCUUCGCACCUCGCCAUCUAUGUGCUGCUCGCUAUCUCCCUCUCCGCGUUCUGCGCCGCACAGCUUAACGAUGGCGCUGCCGCAUUUCCUGCUGAGCCGCGUCGGCUCGGCGAUCCCAAGCUUCCGUUGGCCCUCGCGGCGGUCGAGGCGCUCCUCCGCCAGGCGCAGUUCGACGUCGCUGUCGGGGAGUACGAUCGCGCCGCUCGCCGCCUUUUUUCGCCCGUCGCCGAAGUGUCUAUCCCGGGCCGCCCUCUGCAGCGCCUCAAAACCCUCGAAGAAAAGGCAGCGUUUCUUGAGUCACUCGCGCCUGUUCCGCCCCCCUCUCCCCCACCCUCCGCAAACGGUACUCUUUUGAGCGGUUUGUCCCCGGUAGUGGCCGCUUCGUUAAUCGAGCGCGCGGAGCUGUACGUGCCCAAGUACGAUCGCUACCUGGGCUACUCGCUGCUCACUUACGGCCGCCUCCUGCAGGACGCAGAGUCCGCCGAGCCGCGCACCGGCAAGUUCGUCCUCUUGUGGGAUGUCAUCGCGGACAACGCCAGGGUCGCGGAGGAUGCUGACGUGGAAUCUUCGCGGCAGCAAGAGAGCAACUCCGUCUACGCGUGGGGGCUCAGCUGGGCUUACUGGAACGACGACGCGCACAGGCAACCAAGCCACGAGGUCUCGCUCGCCAAGCCUCUGCCUUACCUCCCCGAGCCAGAGCGCACCCUGUCCGAGCCUCUCGCCGAUCCGCACCCGGCCGACUUGAAGCUGCAGAUUCAGGAGGCUUGGGCGAAUUUCAGCCUCAACCUGGCGAAUGCUGACGUGGCAGCAGCUGCCAGCAUUUUCGCUGACAACGUGACGCUGCUGCCACCUGGCCAUCCGAAGCUCACCCUACCAGGGCCCCUGGACAAGCAGGAUUACCUGCAGCGACUGGUGGACUGCCACGUGGCACUGGAUGUGACCGUCGAUUCUCUCCUUCUGGUGAAGCUGAAGUCCUCGCUGACGCCUGUCGUCCCGCCGCCGCCCCCGGCUCCCGAAGUUCUGCCUUCCCAGGACGCGUCGUCCGCCAUGCUCCGUGGCUACAGUGCCGCGGAUCUCCUGGCUGAUAACGAGGAGCUCAAUAGCGGGGCGUCGAAUGGCGAUGCGUUGGGUGUGAUCACGCGCUCCUCCUUCAUCCUCACCAACACCUCCACCGCUCCCUCCUGCUAUUCCCUAUUCCUCCCUCCCUGCCCUUCCCCCCUCCCUGCCUUCCCUCCUCCCUGCCCUUUCCCCCUUGGUGCCCUUGUGGCCUUUCUGCCAUGCUGCACUGCCCGUGCAGGCAAGCAUGUGAAGGCGGGCUCUCUGCUGCAGAAGUGGGCGCGCGUCAACCUGCCCGACUCUGGCAUGGCAGCAGCAGGCGCGCCCCUUGCCGCCUCUCGCCACCGCUGGUACUUCGAGUGGGCCAUCUGGAACUACCACAAGAUCCCGGCUGCUGAUGUUGCUGCCAUUUAG